AUGCAAAAAUACGCCACCAAGAAAACAACCACCGGAACUACAAGCGGAAGUAGCAAACAAAAGGUACAAAUUGAACUCACAGAUGAGCAACGACAAGAAAUUAAAGAAGCCUUUGAUUUGUUCGAUAUGGACGGAUCCGGUAAAAUUGAUGCCAAAGAACUGAAGGUUGCUAUGAGAGCUCUCGGUUUUGAGCCCAAAAAGGAGGAAAUCAAGAAGAUGAUUUCUGGAAUUGAUAACGGCUCUGGUAAAAUAGAUUUUAACGACUUCCUGCAAUUAAUGACUGCAAAAAUGAGUGAAAAGGACUCCCAUGCGGAAAUUAUGAAAGCCUUCCGUUUGUUUGAUGAAGAUGAUACAGGCUACAUAACGUUUGCCAAUUUGAAGAGAGUGGCCAAGGAUUUGGGUGAGAACAUGACCGAUGAGGAGUUGAGAGAAAUGAUUGAAGAAGCUGAUCGAUCUAACUCGGGACAAAUUUCGAAAGAAGAUUUCCUCCGUAUCAUGAAAAAGACCAAUCUCUUUUAA